UGCUCUUCUGUACCGCUAGAGGGCGCUAUCUGCAAUUUCUCCCUGUGGAGCAAAAACAGUUGGGAGUCUCCUCCAGGGCUGCCUGCUGUUUUAUUUGCAACUUUGUGAGUCGUUUGUCGAAUCGAAAUGUAGCGUUCAGUUUGACUUCCUCGAUUUAGUAUGGAGAGUAGUAAAAGCUUGCAUUAUUGUAAUCCGAGGUUUGUUUUUGCUGGAGUGUGUGUCGCUGUGUAGCUUCUGAUGGGCUCCUGCACUUCCAGCGACAAAACCUCAUUUAUCUCGCCUGGUCGAAGUGAUCUCAAACUGAUCCAGAUCUAACUCCUAUUAGAUUAUGGUAUAAUGGAGGUAGAUCUGUUGAUGUUACUCAUGUUUCUUCUCUACGCGAGCAGAACUCAAGGGUUGAAGUUUACCAAGAACCCAGUCAACCUCACUGUAACACAAGGAAACAUGGUCCGUCUAGGCUGUGCUGUUGAGGGUUUAAUCGAGCCGGAGAUUGUGUGGAUGAAGGACGGAGAAAAACUCUACAGCAUGGACCAGAUGUACAUCACUAUAGACACCCAUCAUUGGGAGACGUAUCACAGUGUGAAAUCAGUCCAGCAGCAAGAUGCUGGGAAAUACUGGUGUGAGGUUGAACAUCAUGGUACAGUCAUCUCUUCUGAGCCAGGCUGGAUCACAGUAGAAGGCGUACCCCACUUUACUUCGGAACCCCACGAUAUAGCAACAUUUCCUGGUGCUCCAUUUAAUCUGACAUGUGAAGCUGUUGGGCCUCCUGAACCAGUGCAGGUUCUCUGGUGGGUGGGAGGAGUACAAGAAGGAGAUUUUCAGCCUUCCCCAUCUGUGCUCACGGUAAAAGGUGUGAAUACCAGCAUAAAAUAUUACUGUGAAGCCAAGAAUGCUAGAGGUAUUUCUGUGUCACGGACUGGCACCGUGUAUAUUAAAGUACUACCUGAUUCUCCAAAGGAUAUACAGAUUGACCAGUUGUCUGAUAAUGUGACUCUCAUGUGGAGCCCAGGGUUCACUGGCUAUUCUGACUUGUCAACCUGCACCAUUCAGAUGUUUAAGAACUCCAGGAGAAAGGUGAAACUUCCUGACCAACAAGUUACAGUCCCACCCUUCAAGCACAUGAUUGGUGGACUCAGCAGUCACUCCAAUUACAGUUUCCAAAUCUGCUGUAGUAAUGAGGUUGGAUCCUCCCCUUUUUCACCAUGGAUGAACUUUCAGACUCCAGAAGCAGUGCCCUCUGCAGCACCCAAGAACUUAAGCUUUCACCUGACGGAACAACAGCUUUCUCUGACCUGGUCAGCACUCGAAGAAGAAGAGCUGAAUGGACGACUACUGGCCUAUAAGCUGCAAUGGAACGUGGGAGGAGAGGUCCAGGAGCCAUUACUGUUUAGGGAAAACUUUGCUCAUGUCUCUGGAGGUGCCCGCUUCUUCAAUGCCACUUUUCAAGUGUCUGCUUGUACAGUGGUAGGAUGUGGGCCCUUAAGCCAGCCAGUGCUUAUUAGGCCAGCUUCAGUUGUGCAGGCUCAGUCUCCAAGGGGGCACAUGUGGGUGGGUCUGCUGUUUGGACUGCUGGUGGCCACUGUUCUGGGACUUUUGCUAAUAGUCCUAGCACACCGCAGGAGCAAGGAAUCUCAAUUUGGAUCUGCAUUCAAGUCAUCAGGGAUGGAAUCUGUGGUGUCCUUUACUGCAGCAAGAUCCUUCAAUAGGCAGGGUUCGGAGCUUCCAGAACAUACAUUGGACAGUCUGGGCAUCAACGAUGAUUUAAAGACCAAGCUUCGGGACGUUCUUAUCCCAGAAAGACUUCUCACCUUAGGGCACAUGCUAGGAAAAGGGGAGUUUGGCUCAGUACGAGAGGCAUUUCUUAAGAUGGAGGACAGCUCUGUGCAAAAGGUGGCAGUAAAAGUACUGAAGACUGAUAUAAACUCUUCAAGUGAUAUAGAGCAGUGCCUUAAAGAGGCUGCCCACAUGAAGGAUUUUAAUCAUCCCAAUGUCAUCCAGCUCAUAGGUGUAAGUAUGCAUAGACGACCCCAGCAAAGGUUACCUAUUCCUAUGGUGAUCCUGCCCUUUAUGAAGCAUGGUGACCUGCAUACUUUUCUUCUUCUGUCCCGUCUAGGGGAUGAACCCUUUAAUCUCUCCCUUCAAACUCUUGUUCAGUUUAUGCUUGAUGUUGCUCGGGGAAUGGAAUAUCUUGGCAGUAAAAACAUUAUCCACAGGGAUUUAGCUGCUCGCAACUGCAUGUUAAAUGAAAACAUGACUGUAUGCGUAGCAGACUUUGGUCUUUCUAAGAAGAUCUACAGUGGUGAUUAUUACAGACAAGGAUCUGUCUCAAAGUUGCCAGUGAAGUGGAUUGCACUGGAAAGUUUGGCUGACAACGUUUAUACAACGCAAAGUGAUGUGUGGGCUUUUGGGGUGACCAUGUGGGAAAUAAUGGCUCGAGGACAAACUCCUUAUCCUGGGGUGGAGAACUCGGAAGUCUAUGAAUACCUCAUUAAGGGUGAAAGGCUCAAACAGCCCCCUGACUGUCCUGAUGACAUUUAUGAGAUCAUGCAUAGCUGCUGGUCUCCUGUGCCUAAGUGUCGUCCCAGCUUCCAGCAACUGGUAGCUCAGUUAGAGGGUCUCUGGUCUGGAAUUUCUCCAGCAGCAACAAAGGAGCCACUGCUGUAUGUGAACAUGGAAGAUGGUGAGGGGGAGCUGAAUUCUGGGCUUGGGGCUACCGCUAACACGCCGAGUGCUUAUGACCCACACUUGGGCGUGCUUUGGCAAUGUGCAGAUAUGGAGCAGGAUGAAAAAGACUGGCUUGUAGUGUCCUCGGGGGCUGCGUUGGCUAUUGGUGGUGAUUAUCGCUACAUUAUUGGCCCAUGUGGGUUGACAGACCAGGAGAGCAGACAGUCAGAUGAUGGCCUCUCAGGGGAUAUCAGAGAUGAUGAUGAGGAUGUUAUCAUAAAUGUGUGAAAUGUUUGUACUAUUAUGGAUUCUAUUCAACCUUUUCUGACUGAAUUAAUCACAGACUACUGUACACAAAGCUAAAAGGCAGUAAAUGGGUGACGUAUCAGCAAGUCCUUAUGGACUGGAGACAUAUGUGACAUGUAUGAGACAUAGGGCAACAUAAACAUAUACAAUCAACUAAUGCCAUGAAGUAUACCAAGUUUUCAAAGGCAGUUAAAACCUUGUUAAUAUUAAAAAUGUUAAUAAAUGUUUUUGAACCUGUUUUUCACACUGAAUAGUUCUAAAACAAAAUGAGCUGAUUAACUCUGUACCCUGAGCACUGACUUUCUGUACUUUUAAUGUAUGUCAUUAAGGUUGAGGUCUUUUCUGUCAGAAAUCUCUGUUGUUUUGUUCUUUUACACUGCCAGUAUUGUAGAGUUUGUACAUCCACACACAAUUACUGAUUUUAUGGCUUACACAAAAGAGGCCUGUCAUAAUCUUCUAAUGAAUGUCCACAUUACAGCAUUCUGUAUUAAGGGAUGUGAAGUGCUGAGUGCUUGUUAUUGUUUAAGAUGAAUUUAAUGUUAAAUGGCCCAAUGUCAACGAAUGCUGCAGAAUUUAAGUGUUCAUUAUUACUGCAAAAUAACGUUUGAUAUUUUGCUUUACCUUUUCUUUUACCUUAUUAGCGUAUAAGAACUGAAUUUUGGUUUUCUAUUUGUAAGAUUUCAACUGUUAGUACGUUUUAAGAGGGUCUUUGAAAAUAUUUUAACAUUUUUUGUUGAAAAUAGUGACCUCGUUGUGCAGUAAUGCAAUACAGAAGUAGCAUUGUGCUGUCUAGACACCAGGUUGUGAUUUUAUUCUUUUUUAUGAACAAAUAUCAGAACAGAAAAUGACAAAAUAUGUUUAUUUUGACAAUUGUUGUGUACAGAUCAAACUUGUGUAGCAAUGUAAACGAAAGUGUUGUACAGUUAACAAUUAUAUGAUAGCAUUCCAGAAACUAUGGGCUGUUGUAUAUACAGUUUGAUAAUAACUGGUCAAUUCACUCAGCCUUUAGCUGACACUUGAAAUAUCUAAAAAAAAAUUCAGGUUCUUUUAAAUGUUUAAUGGGAAGGUUUCUCAAAACAGUGUUACAGUGGAGCUGAUUCUGUGCUAUCCUGAACUGAAACAGAACAAGUCUAUGUUCAACACAGAAAUUAUUUUGAAAAAGCAAAAAAAAUAAAAAUGAAUUGAUGAAGCCAACAAA